AUGUCGUGGGUGGACGCAGAGAGGUAUUGUGCAGAGAAUUACCAGGCCAGACUGGUGUCCGUCGAGACUGCCGCAGAAUAUGAAGUUAUUCGAGCUCAAAUGAACGCAGACCAACAAGGGCAGGAAUGGUGGAGCGGUGGUAACGACUUGUUCAGGCGCAAUGACCUUAUCUGGGCCGGCACUGGGCGAGCAGUGAACUCCACUGCAAGUGGAAUACUACUUACUGGCGCUGACGGCAACGGGCGUUGCGUUCAGUUACGCCCACAGCAGCGCGAUAUGAAUGCUGUCAGUUGUGAGCUGCAACUCAACUUUAUCUGCGAGACGGGCUUUUAG